AGGGCGCUAGCUAUGAGUUUUAUGCUUAGGAAAUGUUUUGGGUUAAUAUUUAGGAAUUAUUGCUCUCAUUCAAGUGCAGAUAUGGUCAAGGUAUUAAAUGUUGCAGAAAAAAAUGACGCAGCAAAAACACUUGCUAAUGUCAUGUCACGAGGAAGUGCUAGAAAGAGAGAAGGGUUUUCAAAGUUCAACAAGAUUUAUGAGUUCAAUUACAAUAUAUUAAACAAGAACUGUUUGAUGAUGAUGACCUCCGUGAGUGGUCAUUUGUUGGAGCUGGACUUCAUUGGCCAGUACCGCAAGUGGUAUUCCUGCAAUCCGUUGUCGUUGUUUGACACUCCUGUAGAGAAAAAAUGUCCAGAGAACUACACAGACAUCAAGAGAACCUUAGAGCGGGAGGUCAGGAGCAGCCAGUACCUCAUUAUCUGGACUGAUUGUGACAGAGAGGGGGAGAACAUAGGAUUUGAGGUCAUUCAAGUCUGUAGAGCAGUGAAUCCCAAUCUGCCGAUCUACAGAGCCAGAUUCUCUGAAAUCACACCACAGGCAGUUGCCAGAGCCUGCAGUAACCUAGUGGCCCCGGAUAAAAGAGUCAGCGAUGCUGUGGAUGUCAGACAGGAACUAGACUUGCGGAUUGGUGCUGCCUUCACCAGGUUUCAGACAAUGCGGCUGCAGAAGAUUUUCCCAGAGGCCCUGGCUGAAAAGUUGAUCAGCUAUGGAAGCUGUCAGUUUCCAACCCUUGGGUUUGUAGUGGAGCGUUACAAACAAGUCCAGGCCUUCAUACCAGAACCGUUCUGGAAAAUUAAAGUGACCCACAUCUUUGAUGAUGCUACAAAGUGUGAAUUUUCGUGGAAAAGAAUCCGUUUAUUUGACCACAAUGCUUGCUUAGUCCUGUAUGAACAAUGUACAGAGAAUCCAAAGGCAAAAGUGAUAGAGGUGAAAUGUAAACCAAAGAGCAAAUGGAGGCCUGUUCCACUCGACACUGUGGAAAUGGAGAAAUUAGCAUCCAGAAAGUUACGCAUCAGUGCCAAGGAAACCAUGAGGAUCGCAGAGAGCCUCUACACCAAGGGGUUCAUCAGCUACCCCAGAACGGAAACCAACAUGUUCCCUAAGGACCUGGACCUUGUGAUGCUGGUGGACGAACAGACCAGAGACCCCAGCUGGGGAGGCUUUGCUAGAGGGAUUUUACAAGACAGACCGAAUCCAAGGAAUGGAAACAAGACGGACCAGGCUCAUCCCCCCAUACACCCCAUCAAAUACACAGACGGCCUACAGGGUAAUGACGCUAGAUUAUACGAGUUCAUUGUGCGACAUUUCCUUGCUACCUGUUCUAAAGACGCUCAAGGACAGGAGACUACAGUGACCAUUGAAAUUGCGGAUGAAAAGUUUUCAGUGCAGGGUUUAAUGAUCACAGCUCGACAUUAUCUGGAUGUGUAUCCGUAUGACAGAUGGAAUGCCAAGACAAUACCUGUGUAUCAGGAAGGCGACAUUUUUGAGCCCAAUGCUAUUGAUAUGCUGUUCAGUGAAACCUCUCCACCUCCAUUACUGACCGAAGCUGACCUCAUUUCAUUGAUGGAAAAACACGGAAUAGGAACAGAUGCAACUCAUGCAGAGCACAUAGAGAAAAUUAAAACUCGAAUGUAUGUAGGAGUAAACAACGACAAUCGCUUUGUCCCCGGUCAGCUGGGGAUGGGAUUAGUUGAAGGCUAUGAUGCCAUGGGUUAUGAAAUGUCCAAACCUCAACUGCGUGCUGAGCUAGAGGCAGAUCUCAAAAGGAUUUGUGAUGGAAAGAAGGACAAAAACUUGGUGCUGUCCCAGCAGGUGGAGAAGUACAAGGAAGUGUUUAAGGUGGCCUGUCAGCAGGCCCUGAAGAUUGACCAAGCACUGUCCCAGUACCUGGGAGAGGCCAGGGAUCUCCCUGUCGAGGACGCUCUGGAACGCCUUGCUGCAGUUCCGGUUAAGAAAUGUCCAAAUUGUGGAAUGGAUAUGGCUUUAAAGACAAGAAAGACUGGCGGGUUUUACAUUGGUUGCCUUGGAUUUCCAUCCUGUCGUUCAGCUAUUUGGUUACCCGACUUUGUUCUGGAUGCCAGUGUCAGUGAUGUUAAAUGUGAAGAUUGUCAAGCCCAGCUGAUGAACUUCAGAUUUAAGAUGGGAUCUGUACCUCCAAUGCUUCCUUUAGAAUACACAGGAUGUGUUGCUGGAUGUGAUGACUUACUCUCGGAAUCUCUACAAAUUAACAAAUCAGCCCCCCUCUCUAGUCAGAGACCACCACAGCAAAUGGCAGGAAGUCAGAGACUACCACAGCAAGCGGCUACAAGUCAGAACAGACAAGAUCAGAGGUCAUCGUGGUCAGAUGCCCAGGAUUCUCAGCGAGUGCCUCUGAUGACUGUCCAGCCAUUCAACAGACAGACAAACCAUCAAGACAGUGGACAUAGUGGACAGGACAUUGUGUGUAACUGUGGGACAAAUGCAAUCCUCCUUACGGUCAAAAAGGAGGGGCCAAAUCAAGGGAGGCAGUUCUACAAGUGUGGGAGCUCAGGCUGUAACUUCUUCCUGUGGGCCGAUGAAUCUCAGAAUCAGCUUACAACCAACAACCGCAGACCCCCAGGGGGUGGGGGAGGGUUCAAUAAUCAAAAUUCAGACAUGGAAUUGAACUGCAACUGUGGAGCUCCUGCUAAGCUGCUGAGAGUGACCAGAGACGGUCCCAACAAAGAUCGAGAGUUUUACUCGUGUUCCAAACCAAGAGGACAAGGCUGCGAUUUCUUCCAGUGGGCAGAUGUUUCAGAUGAAAACAGCGGAAGAAAUUUUGGAGGAGGGGGAUUUCAAGGAAACCAAAAUGUUGGAAACUCAGACAUCCAGUGUAAAUGUGCAGACCCAGCCAAAAUGUUGACAGUCAACAAAGAGGGUCCUAAUAAGGGUCGUCCAUUUUACGCCUGUGCCAAGCCCAGGGGUCAAGGUUGUGAUUUCUUUCAGUGGGCAGAUGUAACAGAUGACAGCGGAGGAAGGCAUUUAGGAGGAGGGGGAUUUCAAGGAAACCAAAACGUUGGAAAUUCUGACGUUCAGUGUAAGUGUGGAGACCCAGCCAAAAUGUUGACAGUGAACAAAGAGGGUCCUAAUAAGGGUCGUCCAUUUUACGCCUGUGCCAAACCCAGGGGUCAAGGUUGUGAUUUCUUCCAGUGGGGAGAUGAAAACUCAAAGGGAGGCAAUCCAGGUAUCGGUGAAAACAGGAAACCGUCGUCGGAAAAGAAGAGGACAUCCUCCGUGUUGGACAGUGGUAAUACUUCCAACAAGAAGCGGGCCGCUAGGAAAUGUGGUCUUUGUGGAGAGGAAGGCCACACAAAGAGAACAUGUAGAAAAACCUCGAUUCUACAGUAUGUGUUGAGAGGGUACACGGAGGCGAUGGCUGAAUAUAGAGGUGGAUAUGGUUCAAGUGACCGGGAUCAACAUAUUCCCAUGCAGGACCGGUCCCAUUUUAAUCCAGCGUACCGCGAUGACAGUCUCCCACAUGAGAGGGACAGAGUGGUGGUAGACAUGAAUGGGAUACACCUGGAUGAACGUCGCGGUUCAGAUGGUUCCAGGGAAUUCCGUCCUGACGAGAGCACUCGCAGGAAAUGGGCAGCAAACUCAGAUUUCAGGGACACGGCAGAUCUAAUCCAAUCCCUCCCUAGUCGACAGCUUGAGCAAUUAGCCAGUGGAUCAACCUCAGACAAAGGCUCCAUCAGGAGAAGGAAGAGCAGCAGACGGUCUGUACACGGCACAUUAAGGGCUGCAAGGGGUAAAGGGGCCAGUGCACUGGCUGAGUCAUUCAAGCACAACGAUGAUUUCAUGGAUGAAAUUGAUGGAGAAGCCAGAACAACAGAGACAUUGAGGAGAAUGGUUCUACCCAUGCAGGACAAACUCUCAAUCAAAAAAAGUACAUCAGAAAGAAGGAAACAGAUGACGUUGCAAAGAGGGAAGAAGCAAAAGAAUAUAGGGUGGUGGAAGAGGACCAAAUACAGUAUGGGCAUUUCCUGGAUGCACUUUAAGCAUCGGAUGGCUGAGUUUGCGUAUUCCCUAGAAUUAUGGAGAAGUCACAUGAAGAAGAUCGAGGGCCAUUUUGGGACGGGAGUGACGUCCUACUUCCUCUUCUUGAAGUGGAUUUUUCUCCUAAACAUCCCAGUCUUCACCCUGACGCUCGGCUUUGUCGUCACCCCCCAGGUGUUAUACAGGUACUACCAGCAGGAACCCAGUGGAUACCAAACUGCCGUGAACACUAGCACUGUGACUUUUACAGGGGAGGAACUGCUCACAGGGGGAAAUUGGUUCAACAACACUGAACUUUACUACGGAUUUUACACCAAUGAAACGGUGACAAUACUUUCUUCAUCUGAGUACAACAUGAAGUAUGCCUAUCUGUUCACAUGUGGCGGUUACUACAUCCUGUGUCUGAUCACCCUCGCCAUCAGUAUUUCCCAGUCGUACAAAAUGAACUACAUAGAAGGCACAGGAACAAACUCAUUCUACAAUGUCAGUCGGGUGUUCUGUGGCUGGGACUACAACAUCACGGACAAGUCAGCAGCCCGACUGAAACACAAGAGCUUCUACAACGAAAUGAAGGAGUAUUUGUCGGGCAGUAAGAAGAAGACAACAGAGAAGAACAUUGAGGAGCGCUGUAAGCUGUUCCUGUUGCGGGUAAUCACCAACCUGAUCAUUCUGGGCGCCAUCGGUGGCUUGUCUUACCUUGUCUACUGGCUGUCGACCAAUAAAGCACUAAAGAACUCUGUGUACAUUAUCAGCGAUAUGGCUCUUUCACUGUGCGUGUCGGGCAUUUUUCUGAUUUUUCCACCAAUCUUUACCAAGAUUGCCCAGUAUGAAAGAUACGAGGAGCCAAAGAAUGAGUUAUACAUCAACAUGCUCAGAACCAUGUUGCUGAAGACCAGUGUGCUAGGAUUUCUAGUGUACUUCUGGUUCACUGAAACAGCCGCUGACAAACAGAAAUGUUGGGAAACAGAGGUUGGCAAUGAGGUCUAUCGUCUUGUCCUGGUAGACUUUUUCUUCAUUCUUGGAGCAACGUUUUUUCUGGAAUUUUUGCGCAGGGUGUUUGGGGAACACUGUUGUAAAAAGAAACAGGAAAACCAGAAUGAUCAUCAGUCCUCGGGACCCGAGUUUGACAUCGGGAGGAACACACUGGAUCUGAUCUAUUCCCAGGCUCUGUGCUGGCUGGGCACCUUUUAUUCUCCACUUCUCUCCCUUAUCAUGAUGGUGAAGCUCUUCAUUAUCUUCUACGUGAAAACAGUCAGUGUUCUGCAGAACUGCCAGCCUUCACUGCGACCCUGGAGAGCAGCUAAAAGUCACACCAUCUUUAUGGGCUUCCUCUUCUUUUUCUUUCUGAUGGCGAUGGUGGCAGUGGCUGUAGGUGUCAUCAUAAUUGAACCUAGCGAAGUAUGUGGUCCAUUCCGGGGGGAGCCAAAGGCCUACUCUAUAGUGACUGAAUUGAUUGACAGCUGGAAGGGCGAUUUGAAGGUGCUCCGGGAUAUUAUUAACUUUAUAUCCAGCCCCGGCAGUAUUGCCAGUAUCCUUGUAGCGCUCUGUGUGGGGACGUAUUACAUGAGAAUUGUGAUGGUUGGACACAAAGAAAUGGUGACAUUACUGAGGCAGCAACUACACAUGGAAGGAAGAGAUAAGGCGUAUUUACUGAGAAUGUUACAAGAAGUCAGUAAGAAAAAGAAAGAGAAGCUACCACCAUCAAAUGUCAACAGGCUACUCUCUCCCAGCUCCAUCUCCACCCUGGAGGCAGGUCAAAGGUCACCAGGUCGCCGUGUGUUCGCGAGGACUGCAGCAGACACAGCUGCUAGUAUUACACCUGGAGACACAAGACUGAGGCAGGGGGAGUCCAUUGGGAGGUUGAAUGGCAAUAUACGCUGACCACUCCAAUACAGACACAACGAUUCCAGAAAUCCAACAAUCAAUGUGCAUCUGCGUCCAGGGACCAAUUUCACAUACUUUACUUAGUUAAUUGUGAAUUCAUCUUGCUUUUAUAUGUAGUUGUUUCAAAUCAGAUAUUGAUAUGUGUUUGACAUUAGAUUAAGGUGUCCUAGUAUGGGAUUACUUUUGUAUAUUUGAUUUAUACUCUGAAAGUCAACUGUGAUAAUUUGUUUAAGUUUUCUCUGGUUGACUCUGAUGCAAGCAACGUGUGAGUAGGUGAUUUUACUUUUUCUUCACUUUACAAUCAGGCUUGUUAAAGGAAAUAUAUGCAUAAUAAAAUAUAUACGUGUAGCAGUUUGAUUAACUUGUACCAUUAUACAGAAAUCUCUGAGAAUUUGUACAUAUGAUUAUUGUAACAUUAUCCAUAAUUAAUGAGUAUCACAUGUUCAUGUGAAAUAAGUAUAGCAAAGUAAAUUGGUGCAUUAAUCACUGUUGUGUUAAGGUGGCUCAACACACCAGUUCCACACGAAAUGCUUUUUGAAAAGAUUUUAAGGAUGAUGAAUCUAAUUCCUUUCUGCCAUAGAGAUUUCACUCUGACUAUCAUAUAGGACAGAAUGACCUUUAGUGAGUUAAAUCAAUCAAAAUUAAAAAAAAAAAAAACCUAUGAGGUUUCCGAGAUGGAUUUAGUAGGGGAGCAUGUCAAAAGUUGAUAAAUAUCUCUUCCAGAUUACUGUGAAAUGUAACUUAAAAUGUCCAUAUAGGAUUUUUUUGCUCACUUGACGAAUAUUGCUCCAAGUCCUAUUUUCAGUUUAACUAUUUAUCCAAAUAGAAGGGAAAAAUAUUUGCCAGUAUUAUAAUAAAAUAUAUUGAAAUUAACCUCAGAAUAGGUUUCAUGGUGUUAAAGUAUUGUAAUAUUUAAAACUAAUUACACAAUAUUCAUAUCUAAAUACUUGUGGAAUAAUCAUUGUUCAUGGGGAAUUGAUGUUGGAUUUCAUGGGUCACUCUUACCCACAAAUUUACGUGUCCUUGAACAUUUUUUUAACCAAGUAAAGUUAUCUCUCCUAGUGACAUCGUAUUGCUUACCCCCGAAAUUACGUCCCCAUGAACCAGCAACAUUCCACUUACCCACGAACAUUGGCCCCCACGAAUUGCAAUGAUUCCACAGUACCUGUACUUAUUUUUCUAUGUGGUAAAGCAAUACUUCACUAUACAAAACAAGAUAUAUUUACUUAGUAGCCAUAACAACCACAUUUGAUACUAAAUGUGCAGGUUUCUUUGCAGAGCUCUAUAUCUUGAAUUAAGUUUGUUGUCCUUAAAAAAAAAUGGCAUUUCAUUGUCACGAAUUACAUGGAUCCAAUUUUUAUGCAUGGUGAACGACAUAAUUGAGAAUUAAAUUUUUUAGCGUGUUAUAAGUUAUAUCUAUCAUACAAUAAGAAUUCUAACACAGCUCCUGGUAAAUAAUAUUUAGAAAAUGGUUUUGCGCCACAUUUUAAGAACAUUCUGACUGAAGUUUUCUUAUUUUAUUUAGGAGGCAUUGCUAUGUCUGUAAAUGUGUAUUUAAUACUCCUAGGAUAUCAAAUGCUUUGCUACAUCUGUAUUUGUAUGGUAGACAGUGUUAAAAACUUUAAAAAUGUGGGGAAAACAGCUACCCACCUCCUUUUUCCUUGGUAAUUGAGACAGUCAUGUUGAUAAAUACUUUUUGAUCAUAUGAUUUGCAACACUGGUUUUUCUUGUUACAUAUAAUAGGCAGGGGAGGAGGGGGUAUAGGAUUUUGAGCGGGCUGGAACCCACAAUCGAUAGAAGCUGGCAAUUAGUAUUGUAAUCACCAAGUUAGCUACUACUACCAGAUAUACCCCAACAGCAAAUAUUCUCUAUUGUGACAUUUUCAAAAGCAAUAUCGUUGAGCCAUCUUGUGAUUCCGUCUUCCAUUUCUGCUGUAUGUUUGCUUCAUAAAUUAUUACAUCACACAAUAUUUUGUGAUAUAUAAGGUUGCAGUUAGUGUUCAAAGUACAAGUUGUAUAGGGUAGAACACCCCCCCCCACACACACACACAACACUCAACACUCACCCACCCCCCACACAGCUAGCUCUCCCCCAACCCCUAGAAAUCCUGCUCUUUAAAGAACUUUAUUUCGUUGGGGUCUUGGCAAGAUUAUUUUUCGGAGAAUCAUUAUAUAACACUAUUGGCAUUAUGUAAUGAAAAUACUUAUUUUUCAGACUUUUUUUCACAUCUGCAAAAUUAAACAUAUUGGUCCACUUCAGAGGCCACUUUAUCCCCAAAUUGUAAUUGAAACUUGACUAAAAACACUUUGAGUAUUUUAACUAAGAAGUGAUUUCAUUACCUCUUUUCUUGACUUGCAGAUGCAUUUUAUACGCAUUAGUCUCCAACUUGUUUGACAAAGCUAAUUGGGCACCGUAUGCCUCUCUUGCCCUCAAUGUUCUGUAAACACAUACAAUCAUCAUGUAUGUCUAUUUUUUAAUACACAUAAUUAAAAACCACCAAUUUUUUAAAUGAUUACUUUUAAAAGCAGGUUCAUUGACUAGUUGAAGCAGUGUACUUGUGGUGCAAUAUAUAGCUGCAGAAAAUGCACACCUGUCAGGUGAAUGUUCGAAUAAUUAUAUUUCUGUUACAUUUCUCCUCUGUUCUAUUAUAUAUUAUCUACACAUGUAUACAUUACUGAUUUGUUAUUAUUAAACAGAUUUAAUCUUG